AGGGAAAGCACACAUUUUUAUUCACAAUUUAAAAAGCGGUGUCUUGAAAUUUAGUAAAGAACUUGACUUUGAAUAUUACCAAUAAUGGAGCAGACCUUGGCAACUACACAAAAGUUAAUCGAGACUGUGGCGAUUGCACUUGAAAGUCUAAUACGCGCAGGUAUGGAACACAAUUCCCCGGCGACUGGUUCCAAUGCUAGUGUUCAUCCUGAUGCUAAUAAUAUAGCAACGUCGUUUUGGGGUAAGAAUUCAUCUACCGUUCGUACGGAAUUUGAACGUUAUUGUGAUAAAAUGCAACAAAAUGGUGAAAAUCCCUUUGUUUCUGGUUUGGCGCGUUUUAAGAAGGCAAAGUAUGGUACUAACAAGAAUGAACGCAGUCAGCCUUCGUUUGCGAAUAAAAAUGCAGGGGAUAGGCACAGACCCGAAACAUCAAUUGGAUCAGUCGGAUACAAUCCUCUGCAUAAAAACUUAGAUAGCAGUGUUUAUCAACGGCAACAAAAUGAAGUUGAUAAUAUACCGAAUCGAAUUUUGCGUACUAAUAAAAAUUGCAAUGUUCUUCGUGAAAAUUCUUCAAAGGUUGAAUUUGAAAGGAAACCAUUUCCUAAACCUUAUGAACGUUAUCGAAAUGACAGACCCCAAUUUUCUAAUGCUAACAAUCAGUUUGGUCUAGCAAAUAUUAUGAAAUCAAAACGUUUUCCAAGAAGUUCAACGAGCAUCAAUAUAAAUGGUUCACAGACUUCUGGUUAUCGUACUUCUUACGGUGGUGGAAAUUUUAGAUUCCCUAAGACUAAUACACAAGAUGAGUCCAACGCUGUCGCAAUGCAAAGUAAUUCUAAUAAUGGUCAAACAAGUAUUACUGAGUGUCAUAACGAUAGUAGUCACCAGCGCCUUAUCACAAAUCAACAGUUUACUGGUGCUCAAAGUACUGCAACAUCGCCAAGAGAUUUAGAGAGCAAUAUUUUUAUUGCUGCAAGCAAUGCUGGAAGUAGCCGUGAUACAUCACCACAUUCAGGUAGGACUUCCAAUAGUAUCUCUGAUGUUGGAGCUACUGAACACUCGUUAACAGCUUGUAGGGAUUGUUUUGCCGCUUGGAAUGAAGAUGUUUUUAAAAAAAGUGAUUUUAAGUAUGGUUCACACUUUAUGACAGCUGAUGAUAUGAGAGAACGUGCGAGUACUGCUAAUAAAGGUUAUCGUCUUCAUCAUCCAUAUGCUGGGCAAAAGCACAAGUCACCAUUGUUAAUUCCAAUACAUAACGAGCCUCUCGAGUUUAUGAAUAAUUUAGGAAAGCCAUCCUCUCAACCAUCACAGGCUCCCCAAUGCAGUACUAAUAAGACGCCAGAUAGCAAUAAGGAGUACAGUUUUCCUGAAUUCGAUGGUGAGCCGUUUGAGCAAUAUUCAGUUAAUUCAGUAAGUUUUGGUGAACAACAUGAUUCCUUGCAACGAAAUGCUAUCGGUUAUGAGCGCUCAGUAAUAAAGAAACAUUUGGAGAGAGAUUCAACAAGAGAUAAAAUUGACUGGUUUUUGGUACCUGAUGCUAACCCGGCUAAAGAUGGCAAACGAAAGCAUCAAUUGUUUAUAGGAGCUAUACAAAACACUGAUGAGACAGCACAGCAAAACACUUAUGAGACAGCACAGCAAAACACUGAUGAGACAGCACAGCAAAACACUGAUGAGACAGCACGGCAAAAUACUGAUGAGACAGCACAGCAAAACACUGAUGAGACAGCACAGCAAAAUACUGAUGAGACAGCACAGCAGAAUGCUACUACGAAAGCAAGCCAAUCAUCAAAACAACCUGCCAAUGCGGAAACUACUCAAGAGCAUCAGUCAUAUUCAACUAAGGCCAAUCAAAAAGGUAUGCCAAUUCUCAGUCCAUUUGAUACUAUGAGGUUGCAUCUUAAAUAUCCAAUAGCUCGUCUUAAUCCUUCACAAUUAGUUCAAGAAUUCAAUACGCUGUAUCAUACGUCUUCCUCAUUUGCAGAACCGAAUGCUGAAAAACCUAAUAAGGCAAACAAUAAUACGACUUAUGUUCUUAAUUCAAACCCAAGUGUCGUUCGUGACAGCCAAACGUGUAUGAGGAAUUCAUUAGGUAAUGAAUCAUGCUAUGAAACUCAGCAGUCCUUACAUAUGCUGGGUACCGAUAAAAUGAUGGAACAGGGUAGUGAACAAAACUUUAUUUCUAAUCUGAACCAAAAUCAAGCUAUUCAAAGUGAAUAUCAAUCGUAUCCGUUGAAUUCAGAAGGACAUGAAGUACGCAGUGAACAGCAAGGUCAUGAAAAUGUAUUUAAUUCUUACGGUAAUAGAUUAUUCAUAUCUCCUCAACACCCUAAUAUACAUGCUGGUCAAUAUCAGCAACAUAAACCUAACAAUCCUUACUCCUUUGCACAUGAACAUUACUCAUCGUCGCAACAUAUUGGAAAUUUCCCGGAUUGUAGCAGUACUCUAUUUUUGCAACAUGAUAAUUCUACUACAGGUCAUUCUGCACCAGUGGCUGGACAUCAACCGCAUACUAGUCAACUCAAUGCUAAUAAGCAGCAAAACUGCCCAAAUUUAAAACCUACAGAUCAUGAGCACCACUUAAGAACCCAAAAAUUAAGUUCAAGCCAGGCAUCUAGUUUUGAAGGUUUGCAAACACAGCAACAACAUUUCUAUCCUCCAAACAGUGCCUAUACACAGAAAAACUUGUCUUGGAAUGAUGUUAGCGCUCACGAAAGUACACCAAUAAAACAACAGGUAACACCAAACAUAAAAGUGCCUUAUGAACAGCAAUCACGCGCCAAUGCUGCAAAUAACGAUACGAAUAAGAAGACUCCAGAACCAGAACCUCAACAAAAAAGUAGUAGUCAGAAUCAAAACACUGAUACAGAUAAAUCGGAGGAUGGUGUAAUUGCAUCUGUAUUUAUUGAUGCGAGGAGUGAACCCCUAAUGGAUAACGCAGUUGGAUACGAGCGGUCGAUAAUAUUAGAGGAGUUUGCUAAAGUGACACAUGUGCCUUGUAAGAAUUGGGUUCUAUUACCUCGUCAAAUAUCUAAAAAAGAUUGCGUUCCAGAGCAUGAGCUGUUGUUACUUGGUGCUAAAAAAAAUAUUAAAAAAGAAACGUCUUCAAAACCAAGUAGUUCAAAGCGCUGCCAUAAUCUGACAGAAGCUGUUCGGAAGUUACUAAGAAAUAUAGAUGUUUCUGCGAAACGUGAUCUUGGUCGAGAAGUUGAUUGUGCAAGUAUUGUAGACAACUACAUGAGAAUGCGAUUUAAUGAAGCCAAAGAAGAUACAGAGUUAAAUGAGAAGAACAAAACUUCACGUUCCAAUACUUCAACGUUACUUAAUGUACCGAUUUCUGACGACACUCAGUCACAAAAGACGACACAAAAUCUGCGCAACAAUUGCAAUUCAACUGAUCAUUCGCAAACAUCAACAUACAUCAACCAAAAUGUGAAUACACCAUGUAGUUCAGGUUAUGUUGAUGUUAAUUUCGUAUGUCCCCGCCAGGUUGCUAGCCUUCAAAAUAUUUCAGCAACUCGAAAUGUACCAAAAGUUAAUACCACACAAUCUAUGGUUAGUUUGGAUUCGCGGGCAAACAUAGAGGCCGUUAAUAACAGCCCUCAUGGUUUCGUUUCGAAUCAAAAUAGUUUUCGGUUUGGUUCUGGCGUUAAUCCGAACUUUAAUAAUAAUAAUAAUCGAAUGCAUAACCAAAUGCAAUCACAUAUUUCACAAGAAUCAAACUACAAACAACAGUUUCCUAAUUCGAAUUUUAACCAGUUGAAUAAUUUCAAUAUGAAUCCAAAUGAACCAGUUAAUUCAUCGAAUAAUAAUUUUGAUAGACGUUUUCCUCUGCAACAUUUGAACGUAAAUAAUAGUUUUGAUCCAACACAAACUAUAUCAUCUCAGCCGUCCCAUCCAUUUUCACAUAAUGAGUUUAAUUCUAAUCCAAUGCCUUUACCACUAUCGUCAAAUCAACGUUUUCAUAAUGAUUCUCAUCCAAAUCAAAACGUUUCAUCUCAAUCCUCGAAUCACUCUUUACACAACAGUUUCAAUAUAAAUCAAACUGUUGUACCACCAUCUUCAUAUCAUUCUGAACAAAAUAGUUUUAAUACAAACCAAAAUGUCUUAAACCAUCAGUCUUUUCAUAAUAACUGUAAUCAAAAUCAAAAUAUUUCACCACAGCCGUCUCUCCAUAGUUUGAACUUAAAUCAGAAUACUUUCUCCCAGUCGUCGAACCCGUGUUUAUACAAUAGUUUCAAUAGUAAUCAAAAUAUCCCGCCACAACGUUCGAAUGACUCUUUGCAAAAUUAUUUCAAUGCAAAUCGAACUACUUCACAACAAUCAUCAAAUCUUUCAAAUAAUUAUUUUAAUCAGAAUCAGAAUCAGUAUCCACCACUGUUACCAAAUCAGUCUUUACACAAUAGUCUAAACGCAAAUCAAAAUCUAUUAUCACAUCCAUCAAACCAUUCUUUACAUAAUGCUUUUAAUCCUAAUCAAAAUGUUCUACCACACCACUCCUUGUAUUCCGAUCAUUCAUCUAAUUAUUCUUUACUUAACGGUUGUAAUCAAAAUCAAACUGUUUUGCCACAUCAUAAUUUACAUAACGGAUCCAAUUCACAUCAAAACAUUUUGCAGCAGUCGUCUAAUCACUCUGUACAAGAUGGCUUCAAUAUGAAUCAGAAUGUUCUGUCGCAACCGUCAAAUCAGUCGGUACAUAAUGAUUUUGAUAUGCAUCAAAAUGUCUUUCAGCAAUUGUUAAAUCAAUCCUUACAUAACGGCGUUGAUCUAAAUCAGAAUGUGUUGCCCCAACUGUCGAAUCAGACGUCACAGAAUGGUUUCAAUUUUAAUCAAAAUAUUUCACCGCAGGCAUCGAAUCUGUUGUUAAAUAAUAAUUUUAAUGCACAUCAAAGUGUCGCAUCGCACUUGUCAAAUCAAUCUUUAAAUAAUGGCUUCAACACUAGUCAAAAUGAUCAACCGCAUUUAUCAAAUCAUUCAUUACACAAUGGCUUUAACACCAGUCAAAAUAUCGUUCAGCAAAUGUCAAGUCAAUCCUUGAAUAAUGUCAUUAACACCAGUCAAAAUAUCGUACCGCAAUUGUCAAAUCAUUCGAUACAUAAUGGCUUCACCACCAGUCAAAAUGUCGUACCACAGCUCUCCAAUCAAUCAUUGAAUAACGGCUUCAACUUCAGUCAAAAUGUCGUACCGCAAUUGUCAAGUCAAUUUUCACAUAAUGGCUUUAAUACUAGUCAAAAUGUCGUACCACAACUCUCCAAUCAAUUCUUAAAUAAUGGAUUCAACACCAGUCAAAAUGUACCGCAAUUGUCAAAUCAAUCUUCAAAUAACGGCUUCAACACUAGUCAAAAUGAUCUGCUGCGCUCAUCAAAUCAUUCAUUACACAAUGGCUUUAACACCAGUCAAAAUAUCGUUCAGCAAUUGUCAAGUCAAUCCAUGAAUAAUGUUUUUAACACCAGUCAAAAUGUCGUACCGCAAUUGUCAAAUCAUUCAUUACACAAUGGCUUCACCACCAGUCAAAAUGUCGUACCACAGCUCUCCAAUCAAUCAUUGAAUAACGGCUUCAACUCCAGUCAAAAUGUCGUACCGCAAUUGUCAAGUCAAUUUUCACAUAAUGGCUUUAACACUAGUCAAAAUGUCGUACCACAACUCUCCAAUCAAUUCUUAAAUAAUGGAUUCAACACCAAUCAAAAUGUACCGCAAUUGUCAAAUCAAUCUUCAAAUAAUGGCUUCAACACUAGUCAAAAUGAUCUACUGCGCUCAUCAAAUUAUUCAUUACACAACGGCUUUAACACCAGUCAAAAUAUCGUUCAGCAAUUGUCAAGUCAAUCCAUGAAUAAUGUUUUUAACACCAGUCAAAAUGUCGUACCGCAAUUGUCAAAUCAUUCAUUACACAAUGGCUUCACCACCAGUCAAAAUGUCGUACCACAGCUCUCCAAUCAAUCAUUGAAUAACGGCUUCAACUUCAGUCAAGAUGUCGUACCACAGCUCUCCAAUCAAUCAUUGAAUAGCGGCUUCAACUCCAGUCAAAAUGUCGUACCGCAUUUGUCAAGUCAAUUUUCACAUAAUGGCUUUAACACUAGUCAAAAUGUCGUACCACAACUCUAUAAUCAAUCCUUAAAUAAUGGAUUAAACAUCAGUCAAAAUGUCGUGCCGCAAUUGUCAAAUCAAUCUUCAAAUAAUGGCUUUAACACCAGUCAAAAUGUCGUACCACAACUUUUUAAUCAAUCCUUGAAUAACGGCUUCAACCCCAUUCAAAACGUUGUUCCGCAAAUGUUAAGUCAAUCUUUACAUAAUGGCUUUAAUACUAGUCAAAAUGUUGUACCACAACUCUCCAAUCAAUUCUUAAAUAAUGGAUUCAACACCAAUCAAAAUGUACCGCAAUUGUCAAAUCAAUCUUCAAAUAAUGGCUUCAACACUAGUCAAAAUGAUCUACUGCGCUCAUCAAAUUAUUCAUUACACAACGGCUUUAACACCAGUCAAAAUAUCGUUCAGGAAUUGUCAAGUCAAUCCAUGAAUAAUCUUUUUAACACCAGUCAAAAUGUCGUACCGCAAUUGUCAAAUCAUUCAUUACACAAUGGCUUCACUACCAGUCAAAAUGUCAUACCACAGCUCUCCAAUCAAUCAUUGAAUAACGGCUUCAACUCCAGUCAAAAUGUCGUACCGCAAUUGUCAAGUCAAUUUUCACAUAAUGGCUUUAACACUAGUCAAAAUGUCGUACCACAACUCUACAAUCAAUUCUUAAAUAAUGGAUUAAACACCAGUCAAAAUGUCGUGCCGCAAUUGUCAAAUCAAUCUUCACAUAAUGGCUUUAAUACUAGUCAAAAUGUCGUACCGCAACUCUCUAAUCAAUCCUUGAAUAACGCCUUCAACCCCAUUCAAAAUGUUGUUCCGCAAAUGUUAAGCCAAUCUUUACAUAUUGGCUUUAACAUUAAUCAAAAUGUCGUACCACAAUUCUCUAAUCAAUCCUUGAAUAAUGGAUUAAACACCAGUCAAAAUGUCGUGCCGCAAUUGUCAAGUCAAUCCUUAAAUAAUGACUUCAACGCCAGUCAAAAUGUAUCGCAAUUGUUCAGUCAAUCUUUAGAUAAUGCCUUCAACCGCAGCCAAAAUUUUGUAUCGCAAUUGCUCAUUCAAUCUUUAGAUAAUGGCUUCAACCGCAGUCAAAACGUUGUACCGCAAUUGUCAAGUCAAUCCUCAAAUUAUGGAUUCAACCCCAGUCAAACAAUCGUACCGCAGGUGUCAAAUCAGCCUUUGCAUAGUGGCUUCCAUCGAAAUCAAAAUGUGACACCACAACCUUUAAAUCAAACAUUCUGCAAAAAUUUUAAUUCAAUUGAAAGUGUCUUGCUACAAUCAUCGAAUGACUGUUUGAAUAGUAAUUAUGUUGAGCUUGAUCCUAACAUUACCCGUAAUGACUCUCAGCUGAAUGUUGGUAGCAGAAUCUUCGGCAGUCAAAGUUUAUCAACAGUCAACUGGUCUGAAGAGAAAAGUACCCAUGUUGAAGGUAACAAUAUAAUUGAUUGCUUUCAGAGGGCCCACCCAGAAUUAUCAAGUGAUCUUCCUGUCAUUCGCUCCUCAAUUGCAGGAAGCAAUUUAAAUUUUGGUGGUCGUCCUGAAAGUAACAUAAUAGAUACCUCGUUGCAGCAGUUAUAUCCGCAACCGUCAACUAAUUUUAGAGCAGGUCUAUCAUCAUCUAAUAGAACUAAUAUGGCAUUUGAGCGCCAUUUUGAAAGUAAUAACAUGAUUGAAAAUUUACCGCUGUCUCAUCAAGCUUCAUUAACCGAACUUGGAGGCGUUGGCCCUACAACUGUAAGAAAUAAUUUUGUGUUUAGUGCUGGAGUUACGGACAUCAUAGUUAAUGAUUUUCAGAACGUACGUUCACAAACUGCAACGGCGCGUGGUGUAAUUACACAAGCGGCCAUGGGAAAUAAUAUAAUAUUUAGUGGUAAUGUUGAAUAUAAUAUAUCCAGUAAUCUACAAAAUACACACACAAUCUCGUCAAGUAUUUGUGGUAUCAUUGGUCCAUUGAAUGCAGUCAAUCCCGGUGCUAGCGGUAACAAUCUGGUCAACACAUUUCAUAAUUUGCAUUCAGUUGCCUCAGAAAAUAUUGGAAAUAGUCUUGUGUACAGUAAUCAAGAUAACAAUAGAACAAACACUCUUCAGGACUUGCGAUCAGCUGUCUCAAAUUCUUGUGAGGCCAUUACUUCAGCAAAUGUUGGAAAUGGUCUUGCUUUCAGUGUUGAAGAUACUAAUUUAGGCAACAUAUUGCAGCAUCAACACCCAGUUUCUUCAACUACUCAUAGUCUCCUCACAUCAGGGAAUGUUGGAAAUAGUAUCGCGUUUGCAGCGGGAGAUAAUAACUUGGCUAACACUCUUCAACACUUUCGUCCAAUAAUAGCUAAUACUUUUCAACAUUUACGUCACGGCGUUAUAACAUCGAUGAAUACUGAAAAUGAUUCAUCACUAAAUGUCACAAGCGGUAUUGUGUUUGGAGCUGGCGACAACAAUAUUGGUAACAUACUUCAAAAUUUGCACUCAACUUCCACAACUGCUUGCGAUGUCAUCACCUCAGCAACUACUAGAAACAGUGUUAUGUCCGGUGCUAAAGAUAACAAUAAGACCAGCAACUCGCAGCAUUCAUCUCCAAUUUCGUCAACAGAUCAUGCUGUUAUUACCUCAGAGAAUGCUGCAAAUAGUGUCAUGUGCGCUCCUGAAGACAAUGGAAUGGCUAACACACUUCAGCACUUAAAUGCUAGUACAUCAACUGCUCAGACUUCCUCAGUGAAUGGUGGUGAUUGCAACAUGUCUGGAGUUUGUGAUGAAACUGAGCAAAAACGUGAUGAUUGUACAUCAUUACCAAAAUCUGCUCAAUAGAUUUCAAAAUUAAUUAUUGUACUUUAAUUCUAUGUAUAAAAAUUAAAUGGAUAGAUCUAAUAGAAUCUUAAUGUAAAGAAAAUUUAGAAUGACAAAAACAUAUUUUUAAGUAUCUGUAAUUAUGCGUGCUAGAAGUCUAUUAAUACUUUAAAAGUAAUUGCGAUCAAAGAUAUAAGCAAUAUAACAUAUACAUAUUUGUAUUUAA